AUGGUGGAUUCGAUUGCUUCGACGACGUCCCUCAUCGGCCACCGUCCCCUGUCUGGAGGAACCUGUUCCAGGGAUGUAUCUUCAUCCAGGCGGCGGUCCGAUGGAUGCCAAAGGCUGUUUUCAUUUUCCCAUUCUCGGCCCACGUCUCGUCGGUCUUCCGGCGGUUUCUGCCUCUCCACCGUGAAGUCCCUGGCAAUGGAGGUGACAAAAGAGGCAAAUUGGUCUAGAGAAGGCAACAAGGUGCCUCCAAACCUGGGUUACUCCGUUGGUGUGGGUCUAGAUUCUAAUGGGUUGUGGCCACCCCCCAACAAGGCGGACAAUCCAGCCUUGCAUAACCCCUUGCGCCGGCUGGAGCGGAUGGGCUGUGGAUGGCUGGGUGUCAUACUUGAAUGGGAAGGUGUGAUCGUCGAAGAUGAUGCAAACUUGGAGAAGCAAGCAUGGCUUAUGCUGGCCCAGGAAGAGGGGAAAUCGCCUCCCCCGGCCUUCAUAUUGAGAAGAAUCGAGGGUAUGAAGAACGAACAAGCCAUCUCUGAGGUUCUCUGCUGGUCAAGAGACCCCUCACAGCUUCGGAGGUUGGCCACUCGAAAGGAGGAAAUCUUUCAAGGGCUGCAAGGCGGGUUCUAUCAAUUGCGACCUGGGUCCCAGGAGUUCAUGAGUGCCCUGGCGAACAAUAAUAUUCCCAUUGCGGUGGCUUCCACUCGUCCAAAGAAGUACCUUCAAGCUGCAAUUGAAGCUGUCGGCGUUGAGGGAUCUUUCGAUGCAAUUGUGACAGCGGAGGAUGUGUAUAGAGGAAAACCUGAUCCUGAGAUGUUUGUAUAUGCAGCGCAGCUCCUCAAUUUUAUACCGGAGCGGUGCAUCAUCUUUGGGAAUUCAAAUUCAACUGUGGAAGCUGCUCAUGAUGCCAGGAUGAAGUGUGUAGCUGUCGCCAGCAAGCACCCCGUGUAUGAGCUCAGUGCAGCUGACCUGGUCGUUCGGCGUCUGGAUGAGCUGUCCAUUGUCGACCUCAAGAACCUGUCUGACAUUGACUCUCCCGAAUUUGGAUCUGGAGAACCAGAGACAGAGACAGAAUUGGAGGAGGAAAGGGCAUUACCAUCUACGUCUGUGGCCGUUGAUGAUAUUUUCUGGUAA